AUGAAAAUGCUAGUAUUUGGAGGUGCGGCUGCCAGAUUAUGUGGGCGUGGGCGUAGGAUGAUGAGCACGAGCACUAAUCCAAAUCCAUGGCUGAUGCUGCCGCCCACAUUCGACAGAAGGCGCGGUGGCAUGGUGUACAACUUCUACAGGCUGGCCGACGAGGAGGUUGUGGUGAUCAAGAAGUACGGCCAGGGACCGGAGCCUCCCGAGAUCCCGGACGACAACGCCCGGGUGGUGGGGUCAUCCCAUGGGUGGCUAGCAUUGAUGAACGACCGCAACGACGAGCUGUUCCUCUCCAACCCCAUCACCCGGCGCCACAUCAGGCUCCCCCCAAUCCAGUCCCUUCCUGACCCCGUGCUCAACCUCGACCACGUCAGCGGCAAAGCCAUGGUGUCGAAGCUAAUCCUGUCUGCAGCCUCCCCAGGCUCGGAGGAGUGCCGGGCCAUGGUGUCGUACGGGCAGGACGAUCGGCUGGCCUUCUGCUGCCCGGGGCACAGCCACGAGUGGGUCCCCAUAGGGAAGCCAUACAUGGAUCGAGAGAACAAGACUUUGAACGUGGUCUAUCCCAAGUCCUACGAUGACUUUGUGUAUUCAAGCAAGAGCAAUGUGUUCAGUUGCUUGACCAGGUCGGAGCUCCACGAAUCGGGGCUGGAGGACUGGGACUUGACGGACAUGGAUUCUCCCAAAUUAGCUUGGAUUCGGACGGACAAUGAUAGCCCGUUGGGGCUGAGUGAUGAUGCUCUCUUGAGAGAGCAGCACCUGGCGUAUGCGGAGCAGACGGAUGAGCUGUUCCUGCUGUCACGUUUUAUCCACAAACGCCGACACAAAACUCAGUUUUUCAAUACAUAUAGAGUUAAAAAGGAGGAGGAUGGAUGGAUGAAGACGUACCCAUCUUCGGCUUCGGAUCUCGCCUUGUUUCUUGGGACCAACCACUCCUUUGCCAUCUCCCAUUUCAACUCCAAUUCUAUUUACUUCACCAACCAUAAACAACAUCAUCAACAUCAACAUCAUCAUCAACCAGAUGUCGGAAUAUACCAUUGCGGCCACCGUAAUCUCUCAAAUUGCUACUAUCCCUUGCAUCACACCAAUACUACUAAUGCUGUCCCUGCACCCAUUUGGUUUACUCCAACACUUGCUUGA